AUGCCGAUGUUGUCUGCAUUUACUGCCAAAGGAGAUGAAUGGCAUCAGAAUGCCCCGGACGGCGAAACGCAACGAUGGCUGAACUGUGGUUCCUAUGAAAAGACAGAUGGGGAAAUCGAGCAACUCGUUGCGGCCGAUCGAAUGAUACUCCCCGAUCGACCUGACCUAAACCACGCGAGGAGGACAAUCCUGCUACAAAGAGAAAAUCGCGAAGAGUUCGGAUUCACGAUCAUAGUUAGUAUUUUCCUUCGAAGACAUGGCGUUGAUACUGUACACGCUAUUGACAGUGUCAGGCCGGGAUCCAUAGCCCGGAAGGCCGGAAUGCGCCCAGGGGAUAUAAUCGCCGGAAUAAACGGCUAUGAGACGAUCGGUCUUUCACACGAGCAAUUACAUAAACUGCUUUCGUCAUUGACGCUGCGAUUCGUAUUAGUCCAUCAGGAUGUGAAUCGAAUCCGGUAUUUAGAAGCAAGAUGCGAAAACUUGCGUCUCGCUAUCAUGAACCGGGAAAAAGAGCUAUCUGAUCUAGAGGACUAUGAAAUAUAUAUCAAGCAGAACAAGCCCAGCGUGUUCGACACACCGCCUUCGAUCUCUGGCUCGAGGAUCUUCGCACAUCGGAAUCGGCCCGCAACCUCGUCACUGUCUUCUAAUUCACUGGAAAAUGUUGGCUGUCAGUUUGCUGGCUGUACGUUUGAUCCAACCCGAUUCAGAUUAAGAAGGCAAUUCUCAAACGAUAGAACUAAUCCUGUCAGCGAUCCCGGAAGCAACGAGGAUGAGAAGCACAGUGAUUACCGUUCGACGGAGAAUAUUGGCGGCGAGAUGCGGCGUUUUUGGAUUCGUGCCGGUUCUAAGCCUAUACUGGCCGAUGAUGGUGAAGUGAGCAUCACGUCCUACGAUGCUGCAAUCGGCGGAAUCGUGACGCGGCUC